UCUCCGAUCAGUCUUCUUCCAACCCCUCGUUUUCCCCGGACGGAGUUGGUGCCUGGAACUCCUGCGACCUUCAUCUCCGGUUGCGAUGUUGCCCUUCUCUUUGCUCUGGGCGACUCGGCCUCUGCGGAGAUGUGGUCGGCUGGUCAGGAUGGCCAUACGGUGCCAGCACAGCGAGGCAGCCCAGACCCAGACUGGAGAAGCAACCAAGGGCUGGUCAGGCCAGGAGAGUCUAUCAGACAGUGACCCUGAGAUGUGGGAGCUGCUACGGAGAGAGAAGGACAGGCAGUGUCGUGGCCUGGAGCUCAUUGCUUCAGAGAACUUCUGCAGCCGCGCUGCGCUGGAGGCCCUGGGGUCCUGUCUGAACAACAAGUACUCGGAGGGUUAUCCUGGCAAGAGGUACUAUGGAGGAGCAGAGGUAGUGGAUGAAAUCGAGCUGCUGUGUCAGCGCCGGGCCUUGGAGGCCUUUGACCUGGAUCCUGCUCAAUGGGGAGUCAAUGUCCAGCCCUACUCGGGGUCCCCAGCCAACCUGGCUGCCUACACAGCCCUUCUGCAGCCUCAUGACCGAAUCAUGGGGCUGGACCUGCCCGAUGGGGGCCAUCUCACCCACGGCUACAUGUCUGAUGUCAAGCGGGUCUCAGCUACAUCCAUCUUCUUCGAGUCUAUGCCCUAUAAGCUGAAUCCCAAAACCGGCCUCAUUGACUAUGACCAGCUGGCACUCACUGCUCGGCUCUUCCGACCUCGACUCAUCAUAGCUGGUACCAGUGCCUAUGCUCGCCUCAUCGACUACGCCCGCAUGAGAGAGGUGUGUGAUGAGGUCAAGGCACACCUGCUGGCGGACAUGGCCCACAUCAGUGGCCUGGUGGCUGCCAAGGUGAUCCCCUCACCUUUCAAGCAUGCGGAUGUUGUCACCACCACCACUCACAAGACCCUUCGAGGGGCCAGGUCAGGACUCAUCUUUUACCGGAAGGGAGUGCGGGCUGUGGACCCCAAGACGGGCCGGGAGAUCCCUUACACGUUUGAGGACCGAAUCAACUUUGCUGUGUUCCCGUCCCUGCAGGGGGGCCCCCACAACCAUGCCAUUGCUGCGGUGGCUGUAGCCCUAAAGCAGGCCUGCACCCCCAUGUUCCGGGAGUACUCCCUGCAGGUUCUGAAGAACGCUCGGGCCAUGGCUGAUGCCCUGCUAGAGCGAGGCUACUCGCUGGUGUCUGGUGGCACUGACAACCACCUAGUGCUGGUAGACCUGCGGCCCAAGGGCCUGGAUGGAGCUCGAGCUGAACGGGUGUUGGAACUCGUAUCCAUCACGGCCAACAAGAACACCUGUCCUGGAGAUCGAAGUGCCAUCACACCUGGGGGCCUGCGGCUGGGGGCCCCAGCCUUGACUUCUCGACAGUUCCGUGAAGAUGACUUCCGGAAAGUUGUGGGCUUUAUAGAUGAAGGCGUCAACAUCGGCUUGGAGGUGAAGAGCAAGACCGCCAGACUCCAGGAUUUCAAAUCCUUCCUGCUCAAAGACCCAGAAACAAGUCAUCGGCUGGCUGACCUCAGGCAACGGGUGGAGCAGUUUGCCAAGGCCUUCCCCAUGCCUGGUUUUGAUGAGCACUGAAGGCAUCUAAGAAAUGAAGCGCACAGACUGACGUUUAUUCCUCUUCCCCCACCUGGACAAAUUAGGGGUGGGGGUAACUGCCUAUCUUCCAAUUUUUUGCUGGAGGAGGGGAAGGCCGCCCACUUAGGGGAAAAGGCGGGUAUAGUUCCCCUUCCCAGGAUUUGUAGCUGAGGAGGUUUCUUCUUGUAACAAGACUUAGAAUGAAGAGGCUUGGGGCUUUCUGCCCUAACCUCUCUCAUUAUCUCAGUGUUAUAGACUCCCUGCCCUCUCUUGGGGAGGGGGGAGUUCCCCUUGUGAGCCAGAGGAAGGAGUGGGUAGGCACCCUUCUUUCAUUUUUAUCUAAUAAAAUGCUGACCUGC